AUGCAAAUCACAAGUAGUAUAUUACCACUGAUUAAUAAUCUAUUUAAUGACGUGCUAUGUUCAAUGAUGGCCGUUGAAAUAACAAUAGUGAUUCUGUUAUGUGCGAUUGGUGUUGUUUUUGGAAAUAUUUAUGCAUUUUCGAAGUACAAGCCAAUAAAGACAAACAAAGGAAAGCUAACAAAAACGUUAGACGAUUAUUCGUAUCGAGAUCUUUUUCACUUUUUUAUCAAUCCCGAAAAUCAUUACGACAAAAUACAUAUUGCCAAAGAAUUCAGCGAACGAAUGCAUGCUGCAGCUGCUAAAUAUAUGAUGGAAGAUCAUGAAGAUAACCAUGAUUUUCCAGAUCAUUUUACUUACAUUCCUUACGACAAGAAAAAGGUCAACGAGAAAUUAAAUAAUAUCUUUGAACGACUUUUCAAGAAAUAUUACCUCGAUUGGUGUGAAGCUGGUCAACCUGUGUCUAAUGAUUCUCUGUUCUGGUGGGCUCAAACAAAACUUCACUUAACUACUUAUCUGAUUCAACACGCGCCUUAUCAUCUUACGGACGGUGCUUGGCUACGUGGUGUACCACAAGGACCAAUGUCAGCAGCUUCCGGUAAACUCUUCUCUAUCUACAUCGAUGAGAUGGGCAAUGGAGAUGUUUUGCAAAAUCAUUGUAAUGUCUAUUUGAAUGUUCUCGAGAGUCUUGGUUUGAAAGUUCCAUCGAUAUUUUCCCGUGAAUUCGUUGAUCAACAAUCGAUCUUUGAAGUUAGUUUCAAAAAGCCACUACUUCCACUGACUACUUCAUUAUUUCCCAAAACAUUCGAACCAGAAAUCCUCGGUUACACAUUAUGGCUUGAAACCACAUCACCUGCACAUCAUGCUAGUCUACGAAAAAUACUCGAACGAUAUAAUUUAAAUCCUAGUUUCUCACUUUUGCAUACUACGAUUGAUAAUAAUGUCAACGGACACGGACGGUACGCUCGAGAUGCAGUAACAAUAUAUCUUAAUCAGAUCAUGGAGACACAAGGUGAAGAAGCUGUUCAAGAACAUUGGAAACGUAUUUGGAUAGGAUAUGUUGCCUAUGGAAUGACUGGGAAUAUUCACAGUGCUCUUCAACAAUAUUUUGAGAAACAAAAAGUAUUAACACCACGACAAGAAUUCAUUAGAUUGAUAAAGAAAAAGUCAAGUGGUGCCAAAGGAAUGCAUAACUCGAUUCGGGUGGGUCCUGAAGGACAUUUGCUAAACGAAUUGUUUAGUUCUGGCAAUGCUGAAAAGUUAUGUGAACAACUUGAAAGUUCUGAUCUCAUCGUCAAAGGAGAUCCCGGUGCCAGUAAAUUUCUUAACUAUUCCNAACAAAAAGUAUUAACACCACGACAAGAAUUCAUUAGAUUGAUAAAGAAAAAGUCAAGUGGUGCCAAAGGAAUGCAUAACUCGAUUCGGGUGGGUCCUGAAGGACAUUUGCUAAACGAAUUAUUUAGUUCUGGCAACGCUGAAAAGUUAUGUGAACAACUUGAAACUUCUGAUCUCAUCGUCAAAGGAGAUCCCGGCGCCAGUAAAUUUCUUAACUAUUCCAUUGGUUUUCACGGUCCAAUGUAUCAAAUAUUCGAUGCUGAUGAACUGAUUAUUAUCUCACGCUGGAUUCUUUCAUUACAACCAUCUGCUGUCAAUGAAAUGCUUUCUCUUGUCCUUCAACGUCGAAAAUUGGCUGAAAAGAUCCAAAAUCAUGUUACACUCAAAUUAUCAGACAAAUCCCAUAAAUCAUUGCAACAAUUAUUUGCUGGUAGCAUAACUGAUCUGUUAGCUGCUUUUCGUGCAAGUGAAUGGACUGUUCCAUUUGAUGGACAAAGAUUGACUAAAGAAAACGUUGAUACCUGCAAAUUAAUGAGAGCGAUUGAGUCCAAUGGUGAACUUGAACAAGUUUUCAAUCGUGACACUGAUGACAAAAGAGUUUUGCAACAAUGGUUACUCAUGGGAGCGCCUUUACCUAAUGAAACUUUCGCCACAUCAGAAAUAUCAAAAAGAAAAAUCAAAAUUCAGUCGCACGAACGUUUUAAAUUCGAACUUUAG